UCCAGUUCUAGCUGCCGACGAGGUGCAGUCGGCGGUCGAGCAAGCUCGGCGCCUGCCGUUGCGUCGGGUCGGGGUUUGCACCUUUAAGGACGGGGCCGAGGAGGAAGAGGCGAGCGAGGAAGGCGAGUGCUGCCGGCGGCCGUUGCGGGGACAGUACCUCCUUCCGCAGCUCCGGAGAAGCCCCCGCCACGGUUUCCGUAGAGCGUUUGGGCACGGGAUGGAGUGAAGCCGCGAGUGCCUCUCCAAGGGGGGUGGGAAGGGGUCAGGCGGUGCAGAGGAGAAAGAGAGAGACAGAGAAAGAAAGAAGAAGCCGCGGCUGGCGCCUGCGAAUUUGAGAUUCGAUUGGGAGGGACCUCUUACUCGGGGGAAAUGGAUUCUGGACUACGGCUGACCAGCGUUUUCACUUUGUUCUUCUCCGGCUUGUGGCAUUUAGGAUUAACAGCGGCAAAUUACAACUGUGAUGACCCAUUAGCAUCCUUGCUCUCUCCAGUGGCUUUUUCCAGCUCCUCAGACCUCAAUGGUACUCACAUCCCAGCUCAGCUCAACCGAAGGGUUGGAACUGGCGGUUGGUCCCCAGCAGAUUCCAAUGCUCAGCCGUGGCUCCAGAUGGACCUGGGCAACAGAGUGGAGAUUACAGCAGUGGCCACGCAGGGAAGAUACGGAAGCUCUGACUGGGUGACGAGCUACAGCCUGAUGUUCAGUGACACAGGACGCAACUGGAAACAGUACAAGCAAGAAGACAGCAUCUGGACCUUUGCAGGAAACAUGAACGCUGACAGCGUGAUGCACCACAAGUUACUGCAUUCUGUGAGAGCCCGGUUCGUUCGCUUUGUGCCCCUGGAGUGGAAUCCAAGUGGAAAGAUCGGCAUGAGGGUUGAGGUCUAUGGAUGCUCCUAUAAAUCAGACAUCGCUGACUUUGAUGGCCGAAGCUCCCUUCUGUACAGGUUCAAUCAGAAGCUGAUGAGUACUCUCAAAGAUGUGAUCUCCCUGAAGUUCAAGAGCAUGCAAGGAGAUGGGGUCCUGUUCCACGGAGAAGGACAACGUGGAGACCACAUCACCCUGGAGCUCCAGAAGGGGAGGCUCGCCCUGCACCUCAACUUGGAUGACAGCAAACCUCGGCUCAGCAGCAGCCCCCCCUCGGCCACCCUGGGCAGCCUCCUGGAUGACCAGCACUGGCACUCCGUCCUUCUCGAGCGGGUCGGCAAGCACGUGAACUUCACUGUGGACCGGCACACACAGCACUUCCGGACCAAGGGCGAGGCGGAUGCCUUAGACAUCGACUAUGAGCUUAGUUUUGGAGGAAUUCCAGUACCAGGCAAACCUGGGACCUUUUUAAAGAAAAACUUCCACGGAUGUAUCGAAAACCUUUACUACAAUGGAGUAAACAUAAUUGACCUGGCUAAAAGGCGGAAGCAUCAGAUCUACACCGUGGGCAAUGUCACAUUUUCCUGCUCUGAACCACAAAUUGUUCCCAUCACAUUUGUCAACUCGAGCAGCAGUUAUUUGCUGCUGCCCGGCACCCCCCAAAUCGAUGGGCUCUCGGUGAGUUUCCAGUUUCGAACGUGGAACAAGGAUGGUCUGCUUCUGUCCACGAUGCUCUCUGAGGGCUCAGGGACCCUGCUGCUGAGCCUGGAGGAUGGAACCCUGAGACUCGUGAUUCAGAAAAUGACAGAACGUGCAGUUGAAAUCCUCACAGGCAGUGACUUGAAUGAUGGUUUGUGGCAUUCCGUGAGCAUCAACGCCAGAAGGAACCGCAUCACUCUCACUCUGGAUAACGAUGCAGCAUCCCCGGCUCAGGACACCACCCGGAUGCAGAUUUAUUCUGGAAAUCGCUAUUACUUUGGAGGGUGCCCUGACAAUCUCACCGAUUCCCAGUGCUUACAUCCCAUUAAUGCUUUCCAAGGCUGCAUGAGGCUCAUCUUUAUUGAUAACCAGCCCAAGGACCUCAUUUCAGUUCAGCAAGGUUCCCUGGGGAAUUUUAGUGAUUUACACAUUGAUCUGUGUAGCAUCAAAGACAGGUGUUUGCCAAACUACUGUGAACAUGGAGGAAGCUGCUUCCAGUCCUGGGUGACCUUCUACUGUAACUGCAGUGACACAGGUUACGUGGGCGCCACCUGCCAUAACUCCCUCUAUGAGCAAUCCUGCGAGGUGUACAGGCACCACGGCAACACAGCUGGUUUCUUCUACAUCGACUCAGAUGGCAGUGGGACCCUGGGACCUUUCCAAGUGUACUGCAACAUCACAGAGGACAAGAUCUGGACAUUGGUGCAGCACAACAACACGGAGCUGACCCAUGUGCGAGGUGCCAACGCUGAGAAGCCCUACUCCAUGACCUUGGACUACGGAGGCAGCUUGGAGCAGCUGGAGGCCGUGAUUGACGGCUCGGAGCACUGUGAACAAGAGGUGGCCUACCACUGCAAGAGGUCCCGCCUGCUCAACACGCCAGAUGGAACCCCAUUGACCUGGUGGAUCGGACGGUCCAAUGAAAGACACCCCUACUGGGGAGGCGCCCCUCCCGGAGUUCAGCAGUGUGACUGUGGCCUAGACGAGAGCUGCCUGGACAUUCGACACUUUUGCAAUUGUGACGCUGACAAGGACGAAUGGACAAAUGAUACUGGCUUUCUUUCCUUCAAAGACCACUUGCCUGUCACUCAGAUAGUUAUCACUGAUACCAACAGAUCAAACUCAGAAGCUGCUUGGAGAAUUGGUCCCUUGCGUUGCUAUGGUGACCGACACUUCUGGAAUGCGGUAUCAUUUUAUACAGAAGCCUCUUACCUCCACUUUCCUACCUUCCAUGCGGAAUUCAGUGCUGACAUUUCCUUCUUUUUUAAAACCACGGCUUUAUCUGGAGUUUUCCUAGAAAAUCUUGGCAUUAAAGACUUCAUCCGACUUGAAAUAAGCUCUCCUUCCGAGAUCACUUUUGCCAUUGAUGUUGGGAAUGGCCCCAUAGAGCUCAUAGUCCAGUCCUCUUCUCCUCUGAAUGACAACCAAUGGCAUUAUGUCCGGGCCGAGAGGAACCUCAAGGAGACCUCACUCCAGGUGGACAACCUCCCAAGGAUGACCAGGGAGACCUCAGAGGAGGGUCAUUUCCGGUUACAGCUCAACAGCCAGCUGUUUGUAGGGGGAACAUCAUCAAGACAGAAAGGCUUCCUAGGAUGCAUACGCUCCUUACACUUGAAUGGGCAGAAACUGGACCUGGAGGAGAGGGCAAAGGUCACGUCUGGAGUCCGGCCCGGAUGCCCGGGCCAUUGCAGCAGUUAUGGCCGCAUCUGCCACAACGGAGGCAAGUGUGUGGAGAAGCACAGUGGAUACUUCUGCGACUGCACCAAUUCACCGUACGAAGGGCCCUUUUGCAGAAAAGAGGUUUCUGCUGUCUUUGAGGCUGGUACUUCAGUGACUUACAUGUUUCAAGAACCCUACCCGGUGACCAAGAAUAUAAGCCUGUCUUCCUCAGCGAUUUAUGCAGAUGCAGCCCCAUCCAAAGAAAACAUUGCAUUGAGCUUUGUGACAGCCCAGGCACCCAGUCUCCUGCUCUGUAUCAACUCUUCUUCUCAGGGCUACCUGGCUGUCCUGCUCUGCAAGAAUGGAAGCUUACAAGUUCGCUACCAGCUAAGCAAGGAAGAAACCCAUGUAUUCACCAUCGAUACAGAGAACUUUGCCAACAGAAGACUGCACCACCUGAAGAUUAACCGAGAGGGCAGAGUGUUUACCAUUCAGAUGGAUCAGCACCUCCGACUCAGUUAUAACUUCUCCUCAGAGGUUGAGUUCAGAGCCAUCAGGUCCCUCACUUUGGGCAAAGUCACAGAGAAUCUUGGAUUGGAUUCUGAAGUUGCUAAAGCAAACACCCUGGGUUUUGUUGGCUGUCUGGCUUCAGUCCAAUACAACCAUAUAGCACCACUGAAGGCAGCCCUGCGCCAUGCCACCACCGCACCUGUAACCAUCCAAGGGAUAUUGACAGAAUCCAGCUGUGCCUCGAUGAUGGAUUCGGAUGUGAAUGCAGUGACAACGGUGCAUUCUUCAUCAGAUCUUUUUGGGAAGACAGAUGAGCGGGAACCACUCACCAACGCAGUGCAAAGUGACUCGGCUCUCAUCGGAGGAGUAAUAGCAGUGGUGGUAUUCAUCAUCUUCUCGAUCAUCGGCAUCAUGAGUCGUGUCCUUUACCAGCAUAAGCAGUCACAUCGUACCAACCAGAUGAAGGAGAAGGAAUAUCCGGAAAAUUUGGACAGUUCCUUUAGAAAUGACAUUGAUUUGCAAAACACAGUGAGCGAGUGUAAGCGGGAAUAUUUCAUCUGAAAAACUGCAGGGCCACCUCAUACUCUUCCUUUGUUGCUCAUUUUUGGUUUCUCCUUCUCCUCUUUCUCCUAUCUUUCAUUUUGGUCAUCCUCUUUCUCUUUUUUCCUUUUAGUUUUAGAACAUACCUGCAUUCACCACAGCAUCUAUCCCCUCGAACCAGCUCAGAAUACCAGGCAGCUAUGGCGACUGCCUUCCUCUGUGACACACUUAUAAUGGUGAAAACGAUCAUUCAAGAGACUGAUUACUUUAGACAAGGAAGAGACACAUGUGUGCACAUGUCCAUAUUCAGUUCCAUAUUUCCUCUUUCUAAGACGCAGCCUUCAGUUCUGCAACCAUUCAGUCUUUCAGGCUUACCUUGAACCUGAGCUCUGUGACUUCGGCAUGAAGCGGUCAUCCUCAACACCCUUCCCCAUUUCAAGUCCACUCCGACCAGGGAACUCAGGGUACCAAAACAAGAUGCUAGGGCCUGGUUUGUGUCAGUGGCACUUUAAAAGGAACAAGAGAGGUUUGUUGUGUGUUAAUUUUCCCCCCACAGGAAACCCAUUACCCUAACUCAUCAUCAUUGUUCCCUCUGACUCAUCCCCUGAGUAUUUCAAAUAUAGGAUUCCUGAUAGUCGUGAGCUAUUGCUUUGUUCCUUUCUUACCACUCUCUUCCAGGGCUGACACUUUAGAACAGCACACAAUAGCAUAAACCUAGGGGAAGCAUGGAAAAUAGUCACUUGAAACUAGGAGGUAAAAAGAAAGCUGCUAGGAAGUAGAUGUUCUAUAACUUAAAAAAUGCCUCUUCCAAUUUUGUGAGAAACGCUAGCUAAGUUAUUCCUGGCAUUAUUAUAUUGAUAGAUAUAUAUAUCAUUGCUGCAGCAAAAAGCAAUUCAAAUAAAAGUCUAAAUUAGCACUUGGUACCAUGAAAGAACUUAAACCACCUUAACCCAGCUUUAAAGAAAAACAAAAACAAAAAACAAAGCAAGACAAACAAAAAACUGCAUGAAAGCAAAGAAAUACCAAACAGAAUUCUUUCCUUCCCUCCCCUCACUAAAGAUAUGGUGAAGAAAGUAAACACAGGUUUCACAUUUUAGAAUAGAUAUAAUAAUCCAUGUCUGUCCACUGAGCCAUUUCUCUAGGAGGUUUAGGAUGAACUGAUGUGUGAGGCAUUCUGACUAGCUCCAGGGAGACCCCACUGCAUAAUCUGAGAGGAGCCCUUAAGUCCUACAGCACAUCACAUUUUCAGAUGCGCUUCAUCCUAUGUAUAUAAAGGCCCCACACACACUUCUUUCUGUAGGCAUAAACUCCCAGAUGAUGCAGUGACACAUUUCAGGGUAUCUGCCCCUUUUGAUACCAAAACAUCCAUGAAACACAGUCAUUCCUUCAAGAAGUUAUCUUGGGCACAUGCACGAGGUGGUGGUACGAAUCCUGGUGAUUUUGCUGUAGUGAUAUUCCUCACGCUUUGCCUCUGGUCCAGCUUCAGGAAAAAAGAUAAGGGGGAAAGGAUAUAAAUGCUCCAGUAGGCUGGGAAUGCGAAGAGAAUGGUCCACAGACAUGGAAAUUACUUGCUGAUUCUCUUUACAAGACAGACUCGAUUUGCAUCCCAUCUUGUUCUCCGUGUGUCUGUCACUUCUGACUAUUUAACACUUUCCUGCAUGAUAAGGCUCACAAGGAGGAACUCCUCAGCUUCACCCCAUUUCAGGUCUAUUCCAGGCUUUUCUUUCAGUGGCAGAGCGCGUGGGGUAAGGAUUUCGUUUGUAAUCAUAUUUCUCAACUUGAAGAUGUUGUUCCAAAUACACCCUCUCUUUUAAAACUUUUCUGUGGAUUCUUACUUAAUCAUUCCCAUUAUAUCCUUUUGCUAGCAAAUUUAUUUUAAAGUGGUUCUAACAAGGGUAACUUUUUUUCCUUCUAACUUUAAUAAGAUGAAUAAUCCAUUCAUAAGAGGAAAGAUCUUUACUGUUUCUUCCUGCCCUGUUCUCUCCUAUUUCCAGUGUUCACUCCUGAAUUUUCUCUUUCCAUAAAAAUGCUAUAUAAAUCAGCCUUUUGCUUGGUGACAUAGUCCUUCGUCCCCUGAAAUAAAAGUCCCCAUGAAGUGUAGUGGGUUUAGCCCAAAGCAUCUCCAGUAACGAAUUGGAAAGGAAAAGGAAGGUGUGAGUAAUAAAACUGGAACUGCUCAUUAUUCAAUCUCUGAGAAUUAGGGACUAUAUUUUGCUGACCCAGUAUUGAUAGAAGAAAUGGAGUACUAACAGAGGCCGCCUUGGAGGAUCUGCUUUUCUCAUCCACUUUUAUAGGCUUGUGGGGGGUUCUGCAGGGUGAAAAAUUUGAGAAGCUCCAUCCUUGUCACAUCUGCACUACAGAAUCUACCAGCAAACCUCCCCACAUCCGUAGACUAUCCAUCCAUCCAUACUGCGUAUCACAGACUUAAUGACGAAUGCCAAGACAGUGCGAUCAGCACGUCACUCUUAUAAGAAGAGUCUCAGGGCUAAAUCAGAAUUAUUUUUACAGGGUUGGAAUAUUUCAUAACCCCAGAGAACACUAACUUUCACCAGAUGUGUAUGGAAAGCAAGCAAGCUGCUCUCUCCAAAGGAAAACACAAUUUGCAAUGACAAGUGCAAACUCUGCCUGUCUUUCCUCCGUGGUACCAAGAUCCAUGGAGUUUUGUGUAAUUGUUGAGUUGUGUGAGUGUUUCAAUCCUUGAACAAUUUUAAUCUAAAACUAACAGUCCUUGAAAGCAUUCUAAUGCCUCCUUAACCACAGUUUUCUGCUUCAGUUUCCUGACUGCAUGCUCUGGCCAACUGGAUCGCCAUAAUCCUACAUUUUAACCCUCACAGUAAUGGCUGUUUACCAACAUAUUUUAUGGAAUGUGGUCACUUUACAGGAAAACCAAAAAAUACCUGUGCAAUUUCACAUUCUAGGGGGGCUAUUUCAUUGAUACUAUUCCCACCAAACAAAUCUAUUUAUGUAAGCAGCAGUGUAUUUGCUCACCUUAAAUAUAUAUUUAACACUGCAUCUCUGUGUGUGUGUAUAGGUUAGAUCACCAUGGUUUUUAGGAGAACUUGUCUACAGAAUUAAACAUUUUUCACUUCUCUAGAUAUAUUUUUAAAAAAAGCUUAGCCCUUCUGUACUCCGAACUGCAAAUGUAAUAUUUAUUUUAAGAAUCCUAGGGCUGAUUCUUUUAAAACAGUUUUUUAUCCUUUAGUAAUAACAGAGAUGGUACCCACCUGACUUCCACCUUUUGUCAGACUUAUGCCCACCACAGGAGUAGGAUUAGAACAAACGAAAAACCUUGUUCUGUACUUUAUUCAUUAAUGAAGUUUUUAUUGAAUACCCAAUACUCCAAAGGUUGUGCUAGAUAUUGGGUGUAUACAUACACAUUACGCCUUGUUCUUGCCCUUGGGAAGCCCAAAGUCUAGCAGGGGAGGCAUGUAUUGUUGUAAUAGGGGUAUGCAUAAAAUGCUGUAGAAUAUAGGGCUAAGGUUCGUUCUACACUAUCAUUCUUGUAACAUCUUUGCUAGAGAUGGAAAGAAACAUACUUUCUGGAAAAUAUUUAUAUAUUUUUUUCUUGCUUUUUACUUCCACCUUCAGUAAGCUGACUUUGUUUCUCUUCCUUGAAGCAAAUGUCAGUCUACGCUGGUGUGUUUCUGUGGAGGGAGAUGGGUUGACUCUUUAGGGGUGAGAGUAAUUGAUACCUGUCUCUAGAGAACUUUUGGGGAGGGUACAUUCUCCCCAUUCUUGUUUUAAUUCUGGGUGGGGGGUUCUGAAAGUCCUCCUUUCAUGGGUCAGAACUAAGUGACAACUCGGGGACCCUAUUUGAGGUAGGAAACAGCAAUCUCCACUUCUCCCCUCUUCCUUUUUUUUCAGUUCUUUUUCUUCGUGUAUUGGUGACCUAUUGCAUGCCCUUGUUCUUCUAGACGUUCCUUAAGGGGUCUUUGUCAUACCCCAGCUCCUCCUAAAACCCUACUGUGUCCUGAUGAACCAUUUUGACUCAAUUUAGGAAGAUCUCUGAGAAUGGAUGAAGGAUAUUUUUGAGUAAUUCAUUGACUCAAAGUGUCAUGCAUCUAAGUGAGGUCUCAUGUCUGUGCUCUGGGGGAAUUUUUCCAGUCCUGAAAAUCACACAUUUCUCUUCUCUGCAGUAAGCUCAUUCAGUUACAGGAGCUACACUGGGAAGCUCCAAGACAUUCAGGAGUUAGGAAUCAGGCUGGUGAAUUCUUUCUUAUAAAAAGUCUUGAUAGCUUGUCCACUAACGCCCGGUGUCCUUUAAAUAUCCCCUUAGCUACAAUCCAUCAAAACAGCAUUGGGAAUUGGGAAAAGCCUGCCAAAGGGAAUUUGAGACACAGUGUAUAGCUCUGCUACUCAUUUUUCCUUAACCUCAAGGCUUGGACAUAAUUAGUCCCCCAUUGUCCUAGAGGUCCCAAGUAGACCAAAUAAAUAAAGAGUCUUCCUUAUUCCUGCAGGUGCAAAGUUGGUUAAAGGAAGAUGGUGUCGGCAAACUCAAAACUUCCAGAAUACUUGGAAAAUAACUGAGUGCUAUUUCAUGUCUCUCAUGCAGUUUGAUAGUGUUUUCUUUAAAAAACACAGAGUCUGAUUGAAUUACUUUGAUAUACUGUUCUUGGGUCUUUUUUACCCUACCCCCAUCUCCUCACCCACACUCCAUCUAGUUUGCAGAUUUUGCUUGUCCUUAGUUUUCAUCCCUGCUUUCACAACUUCCAAAUAGUUGAACCUCCUAAAGGGAAAAGAAAAAUCACAAACACACACCUACACAAACUAUUUGUCAAAAUAGUUUUGUUAUUCAGGCUUCCUUCGUGACAUUCUCCAUACAUCUCUGUUUGACAGGGAGAGACACAUUUCCUUUUGAGUUGACAGUUACUGGAAGCCUUCAUAGAAGGUUUUUAUAUUUAAUUCUUUUUUUCUGUUUUUGAGUAACUUUUGUGUUACUUUCCACUAAGGUACUCUGAGGGAGAACAGAAAAGCACACUUUUUUUUUUUUUUUUUUUUUUUUUAGUGAAAUAUCGUACUUUGUAAGCAAAUUGUCUCUCUUUUAUAAUGUUUAUAGUCUACAAAGUGGCCGAACAGAUGUGAGCAAAGAUGAAGGCAAAAGUUGGUUUGGGUGUUUUGACCACACCCACUGGGAACAGGUUGAGGAGGAAGAGGGGACACAUGGAGACAACUGAUAACCAUCCUGCAAGAGGAAAGUCACUGCUUCCACAUGACUCACUGGCAGCAGCUCCUCCCACUCUCCUGGCUCCUAACUCAGGAGUCUGUUUAAUGCACUUGGAUCAUCACCUUAGGGAAAGAGGCAAUAUCAUGGGCUUUGCAUGAAGAAUUCUUUACUUAACUUGGCACGAUAUUUUUGACCCUUCCCAGCUCUACGUCAGCUACAUCUUUUUUUUUUUUCUUCAAGAUGUUUAUUUCAUCAGGAAUUUUCCAGGAUGCUUUAGAGCUAUCACCACAAUGAUCUAACCAGCCCUGGUUGAAUACCCAGAUACAACUUUAAGGAAAAGGAACUGUCAGAAAUCUCCCUAGCUCCACUAUCCUGAAUCAGCAGCUCCAUGGGUAGAAGCCCUGAGGUCCUGAAAUCAGCCUAGGGGGUUUUUCUCUCCCCUUCAUUGGUCCUGCCAUGCACAGGCAGGCCAGAAUGAUGUUGAGGUAUGAUACUCCCCACCCCUGACAGUGAAUACUGCCAGGGACCGACCAUCCAACACUACCUGGGAACACUGUUUUCUUUACCCUUCCCCAGCGAUACAGGGGAACUUUGGCAAAAUGGCAGGAGAAAAUAAGAGAGUAAUCCUAAGCCAUGAUCAAAGGUGAAGCUAAUUGUUUUAGUGAUUAAAUCCUAGUCUUUAUUUUCAUGAGCAUCAUAUUCUUCCAUGCUUCUGAUUCCAGCAGUAGCCUCAGAGGACGUGAAAACAGGAUGCAACAGGAUCGUUGUAUUCCCCUGCAGACUCUUUGGAAGGCCUUCCCAUAAGUAGAAUUUUCAGUGACACAUUAGGGGGUAGUAUUAAUGAGCUUCUGCCUAGUCAGACAUUCCCAUCAUAGUCAACCCCAUCCCCAAGUCUUCACAGGAAAAAGUCUCUUCUCUUUGAAUGGCAGUGCCAACCUGUGUAACCUUCUCCUGCCUUAAAUACUCAUGCAAAAAAUACCAAACUUUGCUUACAACACCAUAGUUAUAUGGUGAGAAGGACUUUGUAUUUAGUGAGGUCCAGCAUCAAGAAUGUUCUCCUUCUGAAUCUGGUAGUUGACAGGCCUCCUGAUAUGCUGUGCUAAUUUGGGCUGUCACUUCCCUCGGUGCACUGGAGGAGGCUCAAAAGGUGCAGAGGUGUCAUCAGGAAUAAGAAUGCAGGCUGAGGGAGGAACCACAAGUCUGCCUCCAGGAUAUGCUAGGUAAGGAGCCAGCAAACUUUUUCUGUAUAGGGCCAGAUAGUCAGUACUUUAGGCUUUAUAGAACAGACUGUGUUGCAACUACUCACCUUUGCUCUUGUAGCAGGAAGAGGGCCAUACAUGGACAAAGAGGCGUGGCUACG